AUGAGUUCCGUUAUACCCGAAGAAGCUUUUUCCGCAGAGUGCCGCUCCUCCAUAUCCUCGACACCUUGCCGCUCCGUGAACAUUGAGUCCAGUCCUACGGGGUUACUAAAGAAAAAUAUGAGAAAGAAGUCAGCUCUUCCCUCCUCCAGCGCGGUCGUUUGUCAACGGGAACAUUUGCAUUUUACCGCCGGUCGUACUAAUUCCUCAAGACGAAGUCUCAUUAGGGAUUCUUUACGACAUUCUUUCGUCUCUAAGCGUGCUGUAUGGACAUCACAUCGCACCAGUCGCCUGUUUGAGUUGCUCACACGUCCCGCGCUACUUUUUACCCCGAGCUUAGGGAUCCGUUCAACCUUUUCUCUACUCGGAUCUGGUCACGAGAGACAUAACCACCUACGUUUGUCUAUGCGCAAGCGCGGGCAGCCAUUUGAUCCGGAUCCAUGUCUCUUGUCUGUUGAUGGUCUGCUGGAUUGUCUGUUUGCUACCAGUAAUCUGGUUGACCAGAUUUACCACGAUUGCAAGGAGAAUGAGGAGGAUCAAACAGAAGCCGCGGGUUACGAACAGUCUCCAACUCUACUGGCUGCUGGCUUUUUCCGCAAACGGAUCAAACCCGCCUUGACUCGACUCAGUGACCUACGCAUCAAGUUGUCUGACUUCAAGCUGGGCAAGUUCAUCGGUCGCGGCGCCUGUGGAGUGGUCCGGGUCGUUCACGAAGUGGCUCCACCUCGAUCUGUCUAUGCUAUGAAAUCGCAGUAUAAAGGAGCAUGGUUACACCACGAUCCCGUGCGAACCAUUGCGGCCGGAGCCGUCGACAUUUCCGUGCCCGGUUUCAUUCCUGUCUCCAUUUCCGACCGAGAUUCUCUUGAUUUUUAG